CGCCGCCCCCGCCGCCGCCGCGGGCGGGGCGCAGCGGGGCCAUGUCGGCUCCGCGGGCCGAGGAGCGCGGCCGGGGGCUGGAGCCGGAGCCGGGCAGCUGUAGCACCCAGACAUCGCACCGGCUGCUGGCCUACAGCGAUGCGCUGCUCUCCAUCAUCGCCACCGUGAUGAUUUUGCCGGUGGCUCACACAAAAAUACAUCCUGAUCAGAAAUUAGGUGAAAGUGUUCAGCAACUUCUUCUAGCAAAAAUUGCGGUCUACUUGAUGACCUUCUUAAUAGUCACAGUGGCAUGGGCAGCUCAUGUCAGAUUGUUUCAGGUCAUAGAGCUUAUAGAUGAUGUCCUGGCUCUUCUGAAUCUGGCCUGUAUGAUGAUCAUAACCUUUUUGCCAUAUACAUUUUCCUUAAUGGCCUCCUUUCCAGAGGUACCUUUUGGCAUCUUCCUGUUCAGUGUCUGUGCUGUUGUCAUUGGCCUUAUACAGGCUGUGAUAGUAGCAUAUGGAUUCUAUCACCCACACUUACUGAAUCAACAGAUACAGGAGUCUGAAAAUCAGAAUUUCUAUAAACGUCAUAUCUUAAAGAUUAUCCUAAGAGGACCAGUUUUAUGCUUUCUAGCAGCCAUCUUUUCUUUUUUCUUUAUUCCUUUGUCUUAUGUACUUCUUGGACUCGUAAUCAUUUUUCCACAUCUCACUCGAUUCAUUAAAUGGUGUAAAACCAAAAUUGUUGGUCAGAGGGAUGAAGAGGAGGAACACCAUAGCCUAGAAACCUUCACUUUUUACCUCAGUGAGCCUCUGAGUAAAGAACGGGUAGAAGCAUUCAGUGAUGGAGUCUAUGCUAUUGUAGCAACCCUGCUCAUUUUGGAUAUAUGCGAAGACAAUGUCCCUGAUCCCAGAGAAGUUGAGGAGAAGUUCCAUGGCAGUCUUCUUGAAGCUUUAAGUGAAUAUGGGCCAAACUACCUUGCUUACUUUGGCUCAUUUGUUACAAUCGGUCUCCUGUGGUUUGUCCAUCACUCACUUUUCCUUUACGUAACAAAAGCUACCCGAUUAAUGGGACUGCUUAACAUACUUUCAUUGGCUUUCAUUGGUGGGCUUCCACUAGCUUACCAGCUGACCAGUGAAUUUGCAGAGAAGUCCCAUAAUGAAAUAGAAGCCAUUCAGGUCAGCUGUGUUAUCACCUUCUUUGCCAGCAUAUUUCAGUUUGCAAUAUGGACUACAGCCCUCCUCAAUGAAAGGGAAACUUUGCAUCCAUUUGCUAGAUAUGGUGGCAAGGAGCAUGCCUUUAUGUUUGCCAAGCUGGCUCUCUAUCCUUGUGUAAGCCUUGGGACCUUCUUUCUAACGUGCUUGUUAAGUGAAUUUUCCACAGCAAUUUUCCAUCUUAUGCAGAUUGUAAUCCCAUUUGCUUUUCUUGCCUUGCGCAUUUUUGUUAGAAUUUCUUUAACUGUUGUAAAGACCAUGAUGUCUCUCUCUAGACGGAAGGUUGUACUGUUAGAAGAAGAAGAGGCAUGUUUGUCUCCUACUGAAACACUGUCCUAAAUUUCCACACAGUGCAUGUGAAGUUACGAGAUUAACUUUAGUUCUUCUAACUCACAUUAUCUUCAUGUGUGGAUUAUAUUGACCUAAACCAAAGCCUGCGUUGACCAUAACUAGGACAUAUUUAAGUUUUAGCUGGGUCUCAUGCCUGAGACCCUUUUUCCAAAAUCUGCUAUUGAAAAUGUUGGGCAAAUAGGGGAUACAAAGAAAAGCAUGUUCUGUUUCCUUUAGAGUUACUCUACAGGAAAAAAUGCUGCUUGACAUGUAACUGCAGUGAUGCUCGAUUAAGAAGUGCACAAACAGGUGCCCAGCAAAAUGGUAACCAAACACCAGAACAGAAGCUGGUUGUGCUACUGUAAGAUAAGAAGUGAGGUAUGAACGACAAUGGAGACCUCUGGAUUUCUGGAAGGUGCAUCAUGGUGGAACAUUUGUGCAUACAGGUUGCUGGUCUUCUCUUCCCCCCCUUCCCCAGAUGUGUCUGUUCUGCAUAGUCAUAAACUGGGGAUAGCAUUUGGAAACCUACCUGCUGCGUUUGAGUGGCUCUGUGUGUGAGUUUAGAUGGGGGUUGCAAUUGUGAUAGCAGUCUUCCAGGCUACCUGAACACAAGUUCUUUGGGCAUGUUUGUUCUUUUUAAAAAAGGAUAUAUGUAACAAAUGAGGAUUCAUGUGGCUUUGCCACAAUCCAAGGUUUCAACUAACUUUGAUAACCUCCCAGGGAAAAGGGCUGUGGGACUAGAGGUAAAUUUGUUUUAUGUCCUGCAGCAGCAGCUCAUCUGAAAAGUUUGCAUUUCUCAGGCUUUUUGUGUCUGUUUUCCUGUCUGUUGAAUGGAACAUCCUUCUGUUAUUCUGAAGGCAUGAUGUCAUAUUCAAAGAGAGUAUCAGACUGCCACAUAUGAGAGUACCCCCUCAGGUAAGGGAGUUGAGUUUUUUCCUGAGUAGUGGCUUAUUAAGUCGUCUGAGUCUCAGGAAGACAGCAGAAGAAACUAACCCUGUAGAAGUUCCAGUCUAGGGUUUGGUGGAUUUUUUUUUUUACCCUUUUAUGUGGUUUGAUAAGCUUUACGCUUAUCAAGUCAUCUAGCCUCUGGCUGCCCUGGAAGCCUUUACAUUUCUUUUUGGCAGAGCCAUUAGUUUGUAUCUUGAACUGUCUUAGUGCCUGACAACUUUAAUGCCAUAUUUAAAGGCAUUUGGGGAAUUUUGUUGUUCAUCUUAAAAAAAGAAAUACUGUGGCAAAGUAUGCCUGAAGAAAUUAGAGGUGAAAACAAAUUCAGUUAUCUUGUUUUAGUUGAGAUCAGUCUUGAAAGCACUUGUGCUUUUGGUUUGAAGCACCUUGAUACCUAUAUGUAAUUGUAAAUAUUACAUCCUUCGUGUGAAGAGAGUAUGUUCAGCUACUCAAGGGGAUUUAUACCUAGUUGAGGUUAAACAACUUCCAUAGUGUUGUGUGUAGCAGGAUUUUUCUGAUACUUAAUAAAAGCACUUUUGUUUCUGUAUGGUUUUGUUUCUAAUGUGCAGCAGUCACAUAAUAGGUAGUGAAUAUGUGUAUUUGUAAUAAAUUUCAAUCAGUGAAAA